AUGUACGCGAACAACUACGGCUUUGGCAAUGCCGCGCCCAACUUCAACCCCGCGGGCACACCGCAGCCAGGAAUGCAGCCGGGCCAGCAGGUCAUGUUCAACCGCCAGCAGCAAUUCGCCGGCAUGGCGCCUCAAGGGGCGUUUCCGGGAGCGAACCCGCACAUGAUGGCCGACGCAAACUCGGCAAACUCCAUGAUGCAGUCGCAAGGCAUGAUGCCGUCGCAGGGCAUGCCGGGCAUGCAGCCAAACAAUCAGAUGGCCUACCAGCAGCAAUUCCCCGGCGCGGCAUACGGCCAAGUCCUCCCCGCGGGCGUCGGGCCUCAGGGCUUCGUUCCGAAUAACUACAUGAUGGGUGCCGGAAUGCCGGGCUUCCCCAUGGGCCAGCCCGGUAUGCCUCAGCAGCAGCAGAUGAUGAUGCAACGAAUGCAACAGCAGCAGCAAGCUCAGCAGCAGCAACAGCAACAGCAACAGCAACAGCAAGCUCAACAGCAGCAGCAGCAGCAGCAGCAGCCGAACCAGGCCAUGGGCCAGGUGUCGACUCCCCAGAGACCCCCGAGCACAGCCCAAGGAACGCCGACAAACAUUAUGCCUCCCCAACAGCCUCAAUUCUCGACUCCGCAGCCCAUGUCCCAGGGACAGACGCCGACAAAUCAACAGCAAAUGGGAUUGGGCACCCCUCAGACACCGACAUUUUCCUCCAAUCCGGCCAGCGGCAUGGCUGGUCCCCCAAGUGGUGCAGUACCUAUGAGCCCUACAACAGAGGCUCUGGAAAAAGAGAGGUUCGCACUGCUGUUAGACAUCAACCACGAGCUACUAUACGAGUCGAUCCAGAUUCAGACAACGCUACAAGAAAUGAAAAAGGAGUUUGCCGCUGUUAAUGGCAACAUCCCAGACAGGAAACCUUCCGAGGAGGAGAACCACUUCCAACAAGACUAUCUGCAUUGCAUGCGACGAUUACAAGCAAAUCUGUCAUAUAUGGCUGCACUAGCAGAUAGGAAGCCCGAAGUCAAGGGACCGCCUUGUCCAGCAUAUCUCAGUGCACCUCCGCUCAACCUGACUCUCAGGCCCAGAGCAGUACCGAUUGGCGCCGAGAAUUCAACAACGCCUCCAGAUGCUGUAGCGGAUAGAGAAGAGCGGAAUAGGUCGAUCCAGGAUUUGUAUCGACGACUCCAAGCUGUCUUCCCCACGUUCGACCCUAAGAAGGAGCCGGCCUUCCGCACGACGGCCUCGGGCCAGAAGCCUAGUAACCCAAUGGCUCCGAGCCAACAUGCCAGUCCCGCUGCCCAGAGGACACCCCAGCUGCCAAAUAUGCCUGGCCCGCCAAUGAAUCUACAGCCCAACCUGGCUUUGCAGUAG